AAGACAAUCCAACAUCUCUCUCUUUCAGUUCCAAGUUCCAAGUAAUCUCCGACCGAAAGCAAAAGCAUCCGCAAAACUAGAUUCCUCAACUGAACCAUCUGAGCCGAAAUUUAACUACACGACCGUCGUUGAGACAAUGACGUCACCGGAAACUUCCUCCGUCGCAACCACAAGUGUCCACGUAAGCGCUCUAGACGGACUAGUCAACGUGAACUCUCUCUUCACCAUAGCAGUCUUCGUAGGUCUCUCCUUAGCGACUCCAGGACAGCACAGCCUCGAGCUGCGAUCUAGCUGCGACGCGAGUGCUGACGUGGCGAAGAAGUUAAUUGUCUUCGAAGUCGUCUCUUUCAGCUUCUUCCUCUUCUCCUCCCUCGUAGCUCAGGGUCUCAAGCUUGCUCUUAACCUUCUCAACAGCAAAGACGUCGACGAGAUUUUCAGAGCUCAUAUCAAUAUUAAGGUUCUGAGAUGGGGAAUGAUGGCGUCUGCUGUCGGAUCUGUGAUGGGUUGUUUGUUUUUGAUGCUGUCUAUGGUUAAUGUGAUUCAAAUCCGUCUUGGGUUGCUUUCUUGUGGUAGUAAGUCUUCGGCUCAGGCGGUUGCAACGCUUGUGACGUUGGUUUCCUCUGCUCUCUUGGUUUAUAUCUCAACUGCUAUUUAUGCUUUCUGGCAUUGACACUGUUUUAUACAGAGAGACAAAGUGAUUUUGUAAUGAUGGAGCCUAUCAAGUUCUGAAGUCAUUGGCUUUAUUUUGAUUGGCCAAUAUAAUUUAUCAGUGUCUUUAAAUCUUUCUUUUUUUGUUUUCUGGUUGAAACAAUUUUUUGUUUCUUUCCUGAUAUUGACAAAGACAAGAGAAUCUGAUGAUAAGCUUUUAUGAACACAAAUGAAGAUGUGUGUUUGUUGUUUUAUUCAGCUGAAGGGUUUAGUGAAAG